AUGGCUAAUGAUAGAGAAACCGAACCAGAUUUUAUAGCAUUUCUACGACAAAUACCUGAAUUUCGUGGGUUUCCUAUCGAUAAAAUUCCACAUGAUAGUCCACAUAUUUGUCAAGUGGUUUAUUAUCGUGCGGGUACAUUAAUGAGUAAAGACUCCAAUGAAGACGAAUGGAUUUAUGUUAUUCGUACAGGUUCUUGCCGAGUUAUCAAAGCACUAACACAAGUUACACCAAAAUUAAUAACAAAAAAAAAGCCUAAACUUAUUUAUGAUAAUUUUGGCACAAAACGUGCUUCACAAUAUAGUAUGGAAGCAUUGGGCACAUUUAAUACAGUAAAAACUAAAACAAAAAUACACUAA